UGAACGAUAACGAGAGAGACCCAACCCAGAGAAACUAAAACUUAGUAACCUAACUAGCUCUACAGAAGAGACCGAACAUCUCAGGAUGACAGCAGCCCGUGGUCCUCAGUCCUCCUAUAAGAAGUAUUUUGGUGGGGAAAGGAACAUGAGCCACUCGUCCUCCUACCCCUCCAGCCGCCAGCUGUACUCCAACCCGGUGUCGGUGCGCUCCUCUCGGGUCUCUUUCGGCCUGUCCUCCGCCGCUCCGGGGGUCUACGCAACCAGGACCCAGCGGCUCCGCAGCAGCGCCCCGAUGCCCCGGCUGUCCUCCGAAACCCUGAACUUCUCUCUGUCCGACGCCGUGAACUCCGAGUUCAAGACCAACCGGACCAACGAGAAGGCUCAGAUGCAGUCGCUCAAUGACCGCUUCGCGAGCUAUAUCGAGAAGGUCCGGUUCCUCGAGCAGCAGAAUAAGAUCCUGCAGGCAGAGCUCGAGCAGCUACGAGGGAAGGGCACGUCCCGAUCCCGCAUCGGGGACCUGUACGAGGACGAGAUGCGCGAGCUGCGGCGACAGGUGGACCAGCUGACGAACGAGAAGGCGCGAGUGGAAGUGCACCGGGACAACCUGUCUGAUGAUAUAGACCGGCUCAGAGAGAAACUGCAGGAGGAGAUGAUGCAGCGUGAGGAAUCGGAGAGUACCAUGCAGAGCUUCAGAGGGGAUGUGGACAACGCAGCUCUGUCUCGUCUGGACCUAGAGAGGAAAGUGGAGUCGCUUCAGGGGGAGAUCAACUUCCUGAAGAAACUACACGAUGAGGAGCUGUUGGAGCUGCAGUCUCAGGUGCAGGUGUCGCAGCAGGUGCAGAUGGACAUUGAUGUGGUGAAGCCAGACCUGACGGGCGCUCUCAGGGACGUCCGCUCUCAGUAUGAGAACCUGGCCUCCAAGAACAUGCAGGAGUCAGACGACUGGUACAAGUCUAAGUUUGCUGACCUGACUGAUUCUGCAGCCCGUAACAACGAGUCUCUACGGAUUGCUAAGCAGGAGGCUAAUGACUACAGACGCCAGGUGCAGGCACUCACCUGUGAGAUCGAUGCCCUGAAGGGAAGUAAUGAGUCUAUGGAGCGGCAGAUGAGGGAGAUGGAGGAGAACUUCAGUAUGGAGUCGUCUGGUUACCAGGACAACGUCAGUGGUCUGGAGGAGGACAUAAGGAACAUGAAGGAUGAGAUGGCCAGACACCUCAGAGAAUACCAGGAUCUCCUCAAUGUCAAGAUGGCCCUGGACAUAGAGAUAGCUACUUACAGGAAACUACUGGAGGGAGAGGAGAGCAGAAUCACCUCUCCAUUGCCAAACUUCUCCUCCUUAAACCUGAGAGAAACCAUGAUGGAUUCCAGACCCAUGGUUGAAACCACAAUGUCCAAAAAGGUUCUGAUCAAGACGAUCGAGACCAGAGAUGGACAGGUGAUCAAUGAGUCCAUGAACCAUGACGACCCCAGCGAUGUCUUCAACUAGAGACCAGCCAUCUACAACACAGAAAAACAUAGAUGAUAUUUGUAUCUAGAUUCUAUUUCUAUGACCCGCAGCCAUAAACAAUAUCUGUUAUAUAUCUGGAUUAUGUUUCUGGACCAUUCCCCCAGACAGGACUCCCUACCCACGGUAAACAACCAGACAGGACUACCUACCCACGGUAAACACCCUGACAGGACUACCUACCCACGGUAAACACCCUGACAGGACCACCUACCCACGGUAAACACCCUGACAGGACUACCUACCCACGGUAAACACCCUGACAGGACCACCUACCCACAGUAAACAACCAGACAGGACUACCUACGCACGGUAAACACCCUGACAGGACCACCUACCCACAGUAAACACCCUGACAGGACUACUUACCCACAGUAAACACCCUGACAGGACUAUCUACCCACAGUAAACACCCAACCAAGCCUGCUUCAAGUGUCUUGUUACUGUGUGAGCCUGCUAGAAUAUUCCACCUGUUGUGAGCUAGACGUUAGGGCUGAGACUGUUAUUCUAGGACAUGUUUGCACUACUUCUAGGUGGUGGACAGGGAGAGAAGAGAGAGAGGGAAUGGAGAGACUCUAGAGUAGACAGAAACAUUACAUUUGUUGUCACAGCAAUAUUUUGUUAACUCUGUAAAAACCUGUCAAUGUUACCAGAUACAAUAUAAUUAUUUGUCUGAAUGAACCAGCUGGCCUGUCCUUCACGGCCUGUCCUUCACGGCCUGUCCUUCACGGCCUGUCCUUCACGACCGGUACUACAUCUGUCAGUCUAGCGGAAGAGCAACACAUUAAACACUGUUCAUCUAAAGAACAAUAAAACUGGUAGACAGACAA